AUGUCAUUUUCAAGAAGUUGUUAUAAAUGUGGAAACGUUGGACAUUUUGUCGAUUCUUGUCCAGAAAGCGAUAGAUUAUGUUAUAAUUGUAAGCAACCUGGUCAUGAAGCUAACCAAUGUACUCAACCUAGAACAGUUGAAACGAAGCAAUGUUAUUCUUGUGGUGGAGGAGGACGUGGUGGGUAUAUGGGAGGACGUGGCGGAUAUACUGGAGGACGUGGCGGAGGACGUGGCGGACGUGAUGGUGGUGGUGGUGGGCGUAGUUCUCCUAUUGUUUGUUACAAUUGCAGUGGAUAUAAUCAUUUUGCUAGAGAUUGUCAAGCUAGUGGAGUAAAAUGUUAUAAUUGUGGCCGAUUUGGAUCAAAUGACAAACCUGGCAAAACAUGUUAUCAAUGUGGUGAAUCUAAAGAUUGCACCAAUGAAUUAAAUAACGAUAAUUAA